CCUUAUUCAUAGCUUCCACCUCCAGGUUGACGGAGGAAGGUGUCGAGGGAUGCUCAUGGCGCCUUCCUUCCUAGGUAGGUUCAUCCUUCACCUUCCUGCUCCUUCUCAAGGGCUGUCUCGGCCUCGCCUCUUUUGCUUCUUCCACACAAAUAUCCCAACCCUCCACAGAAUCACCCUUCGGACACUCUUUCAUCAUCAACUCUGGGAAUCCAUCAUCACUCGUUUCCUCCACCUUCACUAGGACGUUGUCAUUUUCCGACCUUCUCUAAGCAACACCACCUCCACUCGUUAUUCCCGCCACCCGCUCAACAUGUUGAAGCCGCUCCUCACUCUGUUGCUGGCUGCCAUGGUCGCGGCUCAGGCCAACCACGUCAUCUACGGCUUCGAGUACCUUGGAUGCGUCAGCGUCACCUCGGACAAGUUCGACGCCUUUGUCGACUUUGGUAAAGGUUACACCCCUGAGCAGUGCCAGUCUGCUUGCACCGGUCGCAACUACGCUGCUACGUUCCCCGAUGGUUGUCGUUGCGGCAGCAGCAUUCAGAGCUUCCCUGUCGUGAACGAGGCUCUCUGCAGCAACCCGUGCAAUGGCAACACCGCGCUCGGCCAGUGUGGAUUCUUUAAUCCUCCGACCUGCAGCUAUGCCAAUGUGUACAAGGCUUGCAACGAGAUGUCGUCUCCCUCUGCUCCGUCCCCCGCUGGCCCGGCUCCAACUGGUCCAGCUGGCAGUGAUCCCGGUUCAGAUAUCACGUACUCCACCAUCCGACUCCCUCCCAUCACCCGUACCGUGAAGCUGGCCACGAGAUCGACUGUAAUCAUCCAGAGCGUCACACCAGGCGGUGAUGGUCUCACAACUUCCUGCACCGUUCUGUCGGGCACUCCCACUACUCUGUCGCCAGCUUCUCCUUCGGUUCCUACAGUUGUCAUUCAGACGGUCGUUGUUCAUGUCCCGCCGACGAGUACCCCUGGAUUGCAGAGUUACGGCAGCAUCCAGUCGGAUCCUCCCGUGGCUACCGCACCACCGGCUGCGCCAGUAACUGAAACAUAUACCAACCCUCCCGCGCCACCUCAGACGACUCCCAGCGACCCUGGUGUCACUAGUCUGACCCCGUACGAUGACCCUCCCGUCGUCGUUCCUUCUCUGGGCAACGUCACCAUUCCCGUCGCUACAUCUACUCCCGACGGACCAAUGUUCCAGACGCUCAUUCUGACGGACGACCCUCCUGCUGCCACCGCGACAUCCACUCCAGCCAUUGUCACCCAGAGCCCAGCCCAGCGACUCACGGUUGGGGGCUUCGGCGUCAUCGCAGGUGCCCUGAUCGCGAUGGGCUUCUAAGCGACAGGUUUCUGAUCAAUAAUCGCCCAGGUGUGAGCGCGUACGAGACGGAGAAGGCGAAAGUGAUGAAGGUGGACAGACGAGAUCAUUACUUGGAAGAUUUUUGGAGGCUGUGAGGCCUGAUAGUCACCGACAGCCAUUAGUUCAGGGGCGUGAUGCUGGGGAAAGUUGCUAGCAUAGUGUCAGGCUUCUGUCAUGUCGCCAACAUUAAGAGAAUCAUCUGUCUUAUUCCCGAUGCGUACUUGUCAGUGAUGUUUCCACAAGCGUGAGAUUGAGCUAUCAAAGUUGUAAUACCGACACGGGUUGCGUUGGUGACUGAU